AUGACGAUAAAAUAUAUUGGUAAAACACACAAUUUAAUAGGAAAACCUUUAUGGGAAAUAUUGGGAAACUUAAAGCAUCAUGGUGUUGGUAGGAUGGUGAUUAGAAGUAAUGAGAAAGUAUAUUCCGAAACAUGUUACAUGAGAAUAUUGAAAGUAGUUGCAUUGCCGGAUACUUCGAAACAUUUUCACGAUCCGCGAAAUGUGAUGGUACUUGUCGAUAAAGUUUUUCGAGGUAAAAGGCAUCCUGAACCGUUUCAAAUAGAUUACACGAGUUACAAACCAGAUUAUAUCCUAAUACCUAAAGAUCAAGAAGAGAAUUAUACAAAACGUACCGAAAUACCACCGCAAAAAAUCAUGCCACGAACAACCGACUUGCCAGUUCUUCUGAAAGAAAUAUUAAUUCGCCAAGCAAAGCAAGAGAAACGGAAAAAUCCUGAUCUAAGACUGGAACUUAUAUACAAUAUGACAGGCUUCAAAAAUUAUAGGGUCGCCGAGGAGGGUGAAACUCCUACGGCGGAAAUAAGCUUAGAAUUAGAUAGAAGUGCAAAUCCUAGUUUGUACGCGAACAUUAAAGAAGAGAAUACAUCGUGAACAUGAACUGUAUAUGUGUAUCGUGUAUUUGCGGUGUAUGUUGCAUGUGUAUUGCAAUUUAACAGAAAAGAUAGAAUAUUUUUUAAAUAAAAUCUACUCUCUUUUUA